CGAGUCAGGAGAUGUGUGAUGCUGCUGUUGUGUCCUGCCGCUGCCAUUUCAUCAGCAAAUCCUCGCGUAAAUAUCCACACUCCCAUUAAAAUUAACCCACAGCAAGUGGAGCUCGGGCGGCCUCGUUUUCCGCGCUCAACAGGCUCAGCGCUCGCUCCUCAAAACACAUCAAACAGAAUUGGUAAUAGUCAGGACACGGCCUGUUGUUGGCGGAUCAUUUCUAUGAGCAACAACACAGCAACUGAUGUCUGGUAAAUAUUUGUAAAGGAAAUCAUCAUCAUGGGGUUUAGCUUUUCCAGUCACUGAGCACUUGCAGCCUGGGUGAGACAUGGAGACGAUAUGGCUUUACCAGUUUCGUCUGAUCGUCAUCGGAGACUCCACUGUCGGCAAGUCCUGUCUGAUCCGGAGGUUCACUGAGGGCCGCUUUGCCCAGGUGUCAGACCCCACCGUGGGGGUCGACUUCUUCUCCCGCCUGGUGGAGAUCGAACCUGGGAAAAGGAUCAAACUCCAAAUCUGGGACACUGCCGGGCAGGAGAGGUUCAGGUCUAUCACCAGGGCCUACUACCGCAACUCAGUGGGGGGGCUCUUGCUCUUUGACAUCACCAACCACCGCUCAUUCCAGAACGUCCACAAUUGGCUGGAAGAGGCUCAGAGCCACGUCCAGCCUCAUAGCAUCGUCUUCCUGUUGGUCGGUCACAAGUGUGACCUGGAGGCUCAGCGUCAGGUGACCCAGCAGGAGGCAGAGAAACUGGCUGGGGCCUACGGGCUGCGCUACGUGGAGACAUCGGCACGAGAUGCCAUCAACGUGGAGAAGGCGUUUGUGGAUCUGACGCGAGACAUCUUCGAGCUGGUGCGGAGCGGUGACAUCAAAGUCCAGGAGGGCUGGGAGGGCGUCAAGAGCGGCUUCGUUCCAAACACCGUCCACUCCUCUGAGGAGGUCACCAAGCGUGACCGGCAGUGCUUCUGUUGAUCUGUUGGCUGAAGGGCUGCGGCGAGCGGGGUGGCAGGUGGUUGUAUUUCAGGGCACUCAGAAUGCAGGAAGUAAUAGGGUUUUCAUAUUACUUCCUUUUGACUCGUAACUGCACUCAGACCCCCGUUCUAUCAGACGUACAUUGUUAGCGACACUGAUGUAAUGACCAGAGUGUAUCUUCAGUCCUAUUUGUAAGACUUUGUUUGCUGUAAGAACAACAAGAGAGUUUUGAGUGCUUGUUUCUGGUACUAUCUAGACUUAGGGCGUUUUCUAGACGUGUGUGCCAGGGGCGGAAGCACAAGGUGCGGUUAACCAGAGGAAGUGAAGGCACAGAGGCCCUUAUGUCCAACCCUCCUCCGCACUCUUCUGCUGGUGUGCAGGUGUGUGUGUGUGCAUGUGUAUGUGUGUGACGGUUGUGUUAAACCCACCAGAGUUUCCUCUUAAGCAGCACCACAGUACUGUCUCGUGCUAAACCCUUGGAAUGUGUUGGGAAGCAAACAGUAGCAACAAACAAAUGGUUGCGUGCAAUUUUUGUCCCUGAUACCAUCACUUUGCUUUACUCCAUUUGGCCUUUGCAGACCUGUACAGUUAUACUCCAUUCACCAUGAAUGCUGCUCCUCGUUGGUGCACAUCUCUGAAGAUUGAUGUGGUUUAGUGUAUUAAUACUCAUGUAUCAACAUGAUUUCGUUUAAAUUCAAAUUGGCAGCGCCAAGAUCGGGCCAUGCCUCUGCUGUUACUUGCAUUGUAUCUUAGAGCCUACUGUUUCCUUAUCACUUGUGUAGCCUGUUUCUACUGGGAGAGAUUAAUGAGACAGCCAAGCUGUCAUCAGUGGCUGUAGAUCAGACCCACAGUUUCAAGUGGCUUGAUAAAUAAAGUCUCUUGGAGGAGCAGAGGGGAGAGAAUAAUGAGUGUGGAUCUUGAUCACAAAGUGAACCAAAUAUUGACUUUCUCGUGUUUGUGUGUUGGACUGUGAUGUGCUGAGGGCUGGUUGAGAAGGAUCUGCACUGUGAAAAUGUUCCAUGUUACCAUUCUGUUUCCUUUCUUCGCUGCAUCGGUGAUUAUUAUAACUGGCUGUACAUUCACUGAAAGGAAAAGCUACUGUAGCUAAUUUAUUGAUAGCCAUUACUGGUAGAUCAUAGUAAGGUUUUUUUAUUUCAUAAAUGUCGAUGUAUGUACCUAUACUGUGUUGGUUUACUUUUGCUGGUGAGAGCCACUGAGGUAUAUUCUCAAUGCCUUUUGGAAAAUAGCCUGAGGCUGUGUUCUUAAGAUAUGGACCCUGAUCUUAAAUGUUACAUGACACCUUAAGGUCAUAAUCUCUUCUCACACCAAUGCCUACUAUCCAUUUAUUGAUUCAGCCACGUUCCUAUAUAAUAUGAUGCAUGCCUACAUUUUACUUCAAUUUUUCCAAAGAAAGAAAAACAUUUGUAUUUUUGAUAUAAUGUAAAUAUCGACUCAGUACCUGGAAAUUUCACCACUGAAAGAGCACGAUGAAUCAAUUUGUCAGCUAAAGAUAUGCAAAUAUAUCUUUAGUACAAGUGCAAGAUUAUAUGUAACACAGUAAGAGAAUAAGUGAUAAUUAUGUUAACUCCAAAACAGUUACACAAAUUUCCAUUUGAACUGGUAAAAGCAAUGCUGUUUAUAUUGAAUACAGUGUGGGAAUAGUUCACAUUUACCCACUAAAUCACUAGUUAAAAUUCUUAGGAGCAGAUAGAAGGAACUAGAACAUGAGUUUUUAAUGAAUUGCCAGUGAGUUUGAUUUAAAAUGUGCUAUGGAUGUGUCUCUCUUGAGUGCCUUUGGAGGAAAGAAGCCUAAGCACACAGCGAGGUCUAGCGUAUAUUCCUUAUUAAUAGAUAAAACUGUGUGUUUUUUCCAGUAAAUAUUGCCAUAUGAACUGUAAUAUUACAGGAAAUAAUAUGGACAAUAAAUUACACAACAAAAUACUUUGUUUGGAAGCAAGCAUCCUGACAAAGUUUUUGCAGUUGUGACUCCAGGAUGAUAAAGUGCAAGUGUCAUUAAUCAGAAAUAAAUGCU